AUGGAACCGGUCCUACUGAGCGUUCAUGAGAAGUACUUCAUCGUUCAAGGAUUCGCGGCUGGAUGCCGAUGCGACGGUCGUGGUGUUGACGACUUUCGCCCGAUAUGGAUUGAGAGCCCUGCUUUGGACACAACAAAUGGAUCAGCAAGAGUGAAGAUUGAUACAACUGAUAUUCUGGUAGGUGUAAAAUGUGAAGUUUUCGAAUGUGGAGAUACAUCACUGGUGCCAAACCAUUUGCAAUUCACUGUUGAGCCUUCAUGCUUCGCUGCAGUUCGAACGGAAGCGAAAGGUGGUGAGUUUUUCACAAAGGCCAUUGAAGCGUUGCUAGAAGAAGCCUAUCAUGGAAAUGGCGACGUGAUCCCUAACAUGAACAGAUUGAUUUUAUCGAAACAGUUUAUGUGGAAAGUAUACGUUGACGUGGUCAUUCAACAAUACGGGGGAAAUAUUGUUGACGCUAUUUUCAUCGCUGUGAAAUCGGCUCUUCGUGAUACACGAAUUACACAGGUUACAUUGGUAGCCCAGGAUGAGAACAAAUACAGCAUUGAAUGUGAUGAAUCUACCGAAACGAAUUUUUUCCAACUUGAAGUUGACAGUGCUCCGUUAUCGGUUACCGUUAAUCAGAUCGGUAAAUCGAUUGCUGUUGACUGUACAGAGAUAGAGGAGGCAUUGUUACGUACCUCAUUAUGGGUAGUAAUGGACCAACCAGAAAACGAGAGGAUAGCAGAUGAUCAGGUUCGCUUACGUGUCAUUAAACAGAUGGAUUCAGGAGGAAUGGAUCCACGUUCCAUUCCGGCCAUGCUCGAUUUGGCAAUCAGGACUGGACGUAAACUACAUGCCGAAGUAAACGCUCGACUUGAUGCAAUACGUAACGAUGACAGUUGUCAAAUUCAUGGUCAAUCAUUCCACGUAGAGUAA